AUCCAGCUAUCAACCGCCCAAAGUCCAUGCUGUGCUGGCACCUUACCCCGCGUUCUAUAAGAACACUCCUGUUCUCUUUGAGCCCUCUCCUUCAAACACUAAACCCGCCUUGUUUCACUUGAAUCCUCCCUCUUGACCAGAUAUUGUGCCUAUCAAUGGAUCCUUGUACCAGCAGUUCCUUUUUCGCCGAGCCUCCCAUCCGCAUCCGAGUUGGCAGCGACAAAAAGACCUACUAUGCUCAUCGGCAGGCCUUAUCAGCAUACACCUCAUCAGCUUUGCAUGCCAGAGUCACCGGGCCCUGGCAAGAAUGUGGAGAAGAGGAAAUCGACUGGACUGACUUUGACGAGCAGACGAUCAGCUGCGUCCUCCAAUUUCUAUAUACCCAAGAGUACAAUGUCAGAAAACCUGUCCAGCUUUUAGAGAAAAGCCCCCAAAGCGAUGCUGGGAAGGGACAGGGACAUCCUGGAAGCCAAGCAGAUGGAGGACCAUCAGAUAUCCUUGCCACAGUUCGAGCAGAGCAUACCGUUGCAAAGCGUGAAACACAGGAGCAGCAAGCACCAGAAGCCGAUGAGCUUGAAUACAACGAGCUUGGAAACCUAAUUAAUCGUCCCCUAACCCCGCUAAGACACUACUUCGAAACGUCCCUGCCAGUCAAGCACAACCCUACAACAGGUGGAAAUUCCUCCCAAACGACGUAUGAGGGCGAACCAAGCGAGCUCUUGCUUCACGCGAAAGUCUAUUCAUUCGCCCAUCGGUAUCUCGUGGACAACUUAGUACAAUAUGUUUUGCAACGGCUGAAGAAAACUCUUAUUACUAUCCAAAAGAAGCAGCUGGGAUUUUGUCCGCAGCUUGCGGAAUCCAUUUCCCUCAUCUACGGCGCAACAUCCGCCUAUAGUGCUCAAGGAGACCCUGCGAGAAACUUACUGUCCCAGUUCGUUGCGCUGAACUAUACCGCUAUGUACGGGAGCCGCCUUGAGGAACUUUUGGCUGAAGGGGGCCAGUUUACAAUUGACUUGUCCUGGAAGCUUGCGAGAAGACUGAUGAGCAACCCGUUAGAGGAAAAGUUAGAUGAACUUUCAACUGCAUAUGAGUCCCUCCAAGCGGAGUCUGCAGAUAAGGAUAGGGAGAUAGAGUGUCUCACACGGCAACUGAAAGAAUGGGACGACUGGAACGCAAGCCGUCCUCUGAGCAGACGAAGAUGGAUGCCACCGCGGAAUAACGGUAGUUCCAACUCUUGAAACCCGACUUCUAUCAAUCUUUUUGGUUCCAAGUGAACAAUGUCAGCGCCGCAGAUAAUCAUUUAUUCAUGGCUUGUUCUUCUCUGAGUGUGGCAAAUAUUGUUGCUGAUCAUGAGACAUGACUCUUUACCCGAAGGAAGGAUCGCGUGGGA